GCCAUUUCUUUUUUGCGCGUACCGAAAACAACAACAGACUGAGACCGAGUCACUGACACUCAGCGUGAUACUUCGCGCUCUCUGAUCAAACGACGACGUAGGAGCAUAAGCCCUAUCGUAAGAGAUCGCAUUUUGCAGCAGCGCCGGAGCUCCAUGGCGGCGCCGAGCAUAAGGCCUUUGCCGGAGGCCGUUCGCAGUUCAGUGCGUUCCGGCAUCUUCUUGUUCGAUUCCACCCGCGUCGUCGAGGAACUAGUUUUCAAUAGCCUCGAUGCUGGUGCCACAAAGGUUUCUGUGUUUGUUAGCAUUGGGAGCUGUUACGUAAAAGUAGUAGAUGACGGAGGUGGAAUUGCUCGAGAUGGACUUGAAUUGGUGGGAGAAAGAUACGCAACAUCAAAACUUCGUAAUUUGGAUGACUUGAAUGCCACCAGCGGAAACUUUGGUUUUCGUGGGGAGGCUUUAGCUUCCAUUUCCGAAGUCUCUUUGUUGGAAAUUGUGACAAGAACAUAUGGAAGGCCCAAUGGAUAUAGAAAAGUAUUGAAGGGGUGCAAAUGCUUGUAUCUUGGUAUUGAUGAUGAUAGGAAGGAAGUUGGUACAACAGUUGCUGUCCGUGAUUUAUUUUACAACCAACCAGUUCGGAGGAAAUACAUGCAAUCCAGUCCCAAUAAGGUGCUGCAAUCAAUCAAGAAAUGUGUACAGCGGCUUGCUCUUGUGCGUCCAAAUGUUUCCUUCAAAGUUAUCGAUGUUGAAAGAGAUGAUGAGCUUUUCUGCACACAAAUUGCUUCUUCUCCACUAGCACUUUUGACCAGCGGCUUUGGGGAGGAGGUAUCAAGCUUUCUUCAAGCUUUAGAAGUUGAGAAUGAUAUCAUAAAGCUAUCUGGAUAUGUCUCUGGCCCUUGCAAUGCUUUGAAUAUGAAGGCUUUACAGUAUGUCUAUGUUAACUCACAGUUCGUUAGCAGUGGCCCAAUUCAUAAGCUUAUGAGUCAAUUGGCUAAUAGGUUUGAGCAUCUGAAUUCAUGGAAUACUAAUAAUGAGUUCGAAAACAAGAAGAAAAGUAGGUCUCAACCAUGUCCAGCUUAUAUCUUGAAUAUAAGUUGCCCACGUUCUUUCUAUGAUUUGACAUUUGAACCAUCAAAAACUUGGGUACAAUUCAAGGAUUGGGAUUCUAUACUCAACUUCAUUGAGAAGGUCAUAAAAGAAUGCUGGGAGGAAAACAUAGAUUGUGGAGAGUCCUUCAAUCAGUCCACUUACAUGGUACAUGAAGAUCAACCGUGGGAAGAUCUCAACAUUCUUCCAACAGAAGCAGAUAAAUCAAAAUUUGGAAGCCAUACUAAGAAUUCCCAAGAACUCUCUGUUUCCACUUCAGGCAAGCUAACCGAAGAUGAAUAUCAUCAAUCUGACAGGGAAUAUGUUAGAACCUCUCUUGGUUACUUGUGUCAAGGGACUGAAAUAUUGAGAGAGAAACAAAACAAGAGAGACUUCUCUUAUCAGACUCUUUUUUCUGGAAAUUUAGUGGAUGAUUCAUAUGCCAGAUGCAUGCCAACUGUUGGAAAGCAUAAGAGUUUAUUGAUGUAUGAUAAGAAUGGUCAAUCACUAGGAGAUUACUUUUCAGAUGAUAAUGUUCCUAGUGCAGAAAUUUUAUUUGAUAAUGUACCUUUUGAUGCACCAAGUUCUUCAAAGGGAAGAAAAUUCCGUGCUGUAGGGGCUGAUAUGAUCAACGAAUCAUUUGAAGACUGCUUACUUAAUGAUAGCCAUGGGUUUUGUAACAACGUAGAGGUAAAUGAGGAUUUUCAGAAGCCUUUUCUGAAAAGCUGUUCUAUAAAAGGAAGUAUCCUGCGAGAGAAGGCUUUCUUUACAAAUGAUGAACAUGAACUCCACACUGAUGGCUUUUGGAGAAAACAGACAAGGGAAGACUAUGACAGUCUGAAGGACUAUGGUGCUCAACGCUGUUCAAAUGUUGUAAAAAAAUUAAAAUUGUCUAGAGAUUGUGAUUUUUUCUCUAGAGCAGUAGCUGAAGAUCUUCCAUAUUCAUACUAUUCAGCAGCACAAACAAUGAACUCUGGGACUGUUGAUCAGCUAUUUACUUCUGAAUGGCAUUCUGUCUAUCAAGAAGCCUCAUCUCCAGCCAGUGCAUGGGGUGGUGAUCAUGCAGCUGAUAUUAAUGAUCUUGGACUUCAUCAUACAAUACUUACUGCCGAGGAAGAAAAUGACUGUGACUUUGUCUACGAUAUUUCAAGGGAUGCCAAACGAAAUGGCUUUGAAUUUACUGAUGCUAUUGAUUUGGAAACGAUAUUCGACACAAAGGUUGACUGGCCUGAUCGUGGUCCUAAAUAUUCUACUAAAAAAAGGCCAGAUGUUUUAUUUGAGGAAUCUGAGUGUUUGUUGCCUGAUACAUGUGUUGAAAAGUGCAAAAGCCAUGACAAGAACAAAAGCAGGAUGGAUCAUUUGAGACAUCCAGCAUUGAACAAGAAUAAUGGAAGAUCUAAAAGAAGCUCUUCAGCUCCACCAUUCCAUAAAAGGAAAAGGAGGUUUGUAUCUUUAAAUCAACCAUCAGAAAUGAUAGCCAAAAGGCCUACUGGCCAAGCCUCCAAUCCUGCUUUCAACCAUCCAUCAGGAAUGAUAGCCAAAAGACCUACUGGCCAAGCCUCCAAUCCUGCUUUCAACCAUCGAGAAGCUUCUGAUUUUAUAUAUGCUCAACAAUCUAUUGAAGCUCUUCACCCAAGCACUGAAGAUCACUCUCUGCAAGAAUUCAAAUCUAAUGUGAAACAGAGAUCAGAUGCUCUGGGAGAUGCACAUUGUAAUGACAACAAGGAGAUUGAUGGGUUUGAUAGUUUCAACAUUCAGAACAAUGCUCCAGUCAGAGAGUUGUUCUCAAGGGAAGCACAAGAUUCUAUAGAUCAGGGGAUCAAAUGGAGGACAUGCUCACCUGAAAUUCCAAAAAACAAUAAAGUGGAUGAAGUUCAAAGUCAAAACAAUAUACUUGAUAUCUCUUCGGGAUUUUUGCAUCUUGCUGGAGAUUCAUUAAUACCUGAAGCAAUCAGUAAGAAAUGCCUUGAAGAUGCUAAAGUUCUCCAUCAGGUGGAUAAGAAAUUCAUUCCAGUUGUGGCUGGUGGAACCCUUGCUGUUAUUGAUCAGCAUGCUGCAGAUGAAAGAAUCAGACUGGAAGAAUUGCGGCAAAAGGUAUUAUCUGGAGAAGCAAAAGGAAUAACCUAUCUGGAUGCUGAACAGGAACUGGUGCUGCCAGAGAUUGGUUAUCAACUACUUCAUAGUUAUAGCGAACAGAUUAAAGAUUGGGGUUGGAUGUGCAACAUUCAUGUUCAUUCUGAACCCUAUAAAAGGAAUCUGGAUGUUCUCAACAGACAACCAAUGGCCGUCACACUUAUAGCGGUUCCUUGUAUUUUAGGUGUCAACUUAAAUGAUGUUGAUCUUUUAGAGUUUCUUCAGCAGCUUGCUGACACUGAUGGAUCAUCAACUAUGCCACCCUCUGUUAUACGAGUCCUAAAUUUGAAAGCAUGCAGAGGUGCAAUUAUGUUUGGAGAUUCAUUGCUACCAUCAGAGUGUUCCCUUAUAGUUGAAGAGCUAAAGCAUACGUCACUUUGUUUCCAAUGCGCUCAUGGGCGACCGACAACUGUUCCUCUUGUCAACUUGGAGGCAUUGCAUAAUCAGAUAGCCAAGCUUGGGCAAAUGAAUGGCUGCUCAGAUGAUAAGUUUCAUGGAUUACAAAGGCACAAAGUAUGUAUUGAACGCACAGCAGAGCGUUUAUCUUCUGCUAGAGGAACCUGAGACCUUUCAAUUUUACUAGUUGCAACACAAUGUAUGAUGUAUCACUGUUUUUUCAUUCGAUG